AUGGAUCGGGGAGGCUCGACGUAUAACAGUCAUCGAGACGACUGCAUGACAUUCGUGGAGUUGGGAUCCGGAGUAUGCAGAGAGGCAUCUGACGCCGCCGGUUCCCUGCUCGGCGCUAUCCACCCGACCGCCGCGGCCCCAAACAGGGGAGGAACCAAAGACCAGCUGGAGUCCGGAAUUCUACUGGACCCCCACCGGCAGCGUCAGGUCUCAUUCGAAGGGUCGGACACAAACGGUCAGAAGAUGAUCAGACUCGAAAAAGAUGGCGGGGUGUUUAACAUGGAGGAAGACUUGGCACUACUGAGCCAGAGUAUUGCCGACCCGGAAAACGUCGCCACGUCCGUCAUCAACGCCUCCGUUUUGGGAAACCUUCCUCUGCAUGACCUUUUCCCCCAGGACAUCAAACAGGAAGGAGACUUCUUCCUGGACAAAGAACUGGGAUGUCACAGCGGACUUCCCUCCGCAACGUCUUAUGAUUUGACAGGCGGCGGCGAUCGUUUGCUCGAAGAAAGCGAUCUUUGGAAAAACCUGGACCUUCCCGGAUCCUUACCGGAGAUAAGCGAAUUUGAGUUGAAUUCGGAGGUAGCUAACCUUGAUUUCAUCCUGCACGAAGGCCGGAGACCGGCGGGAGACUUACCGAAAGUGACCCAAGUGCCCGUGGGCAACGGCGGCGACUGUCACAACGCUAACAACUUGAGCCAGCAGCAUCCCGCUUUGCUCCAACAUCAUCAUCCUCACCUGCAGCACCAGCUUCAAUACCAACAUCAGCAGCCGGGCUCUCUUCUCUCCAGCGUCACUGUCAAGGAGGAGAACCCCGACCAUUCUUUCACCCACAUUCUCACUCCCGGUGUGGUCAAAGAAGAGAAUCCGGAACCCGCGUUCUGCCAGUCGCGUUGUGUCCAGGGAGGCCUGCCCCCUGUUCAUUUAGGAGCUGCGAUGUCUGCUUCUAUGGGCAUGGACGCGGUUCCCAGCUACCGAUGCAGAUCCGGCGCACUGGGCCAGCAAGAUCAGAAGCCCUUUGUCAUGCAUGCUAAUCCACCCUCAUUGGGCGAAAGCAGCAUGCGAGGGGACGGGUAUCGAGAUGCCGUCAUGAUUAAAAGGGGCGGCGACGGUCUCCCCAACGCUGCGAUGUUGACGCCAUACCCUCUGAGCUUCUCCAGCUCAUCACCCAGAACGGGAGCAGAUUCUAACAGUUCCGUAGUGCCGGCUCCAUCCAAACUCAACGGGCAGAGCAACAAAGUGUGUUUGGUGUGUUCGGACGAGGCCUCCGGAUGCCACUACGGGGUGGUGACGUGCGGCAGCUGCAAGGUUUUCUUCAAGAGGGCUGUGGAAGGAUGGAGAGCACGACAAAAGAGUGAUGGCCAACACAACUACCUGUGUGCGGGAAGAAACGACUGCAUCAUCGAUAAGAUCCGCAGGAAAAACUGUCCCGCCUGUCGCUUCCGCAAAUGCCUUCAGGCUGGGAUGAAUUUGGAAGCAAGGAAAAACAAGAAGCUAGACAAGGCACGACAACGGCACAACAGGGUACCGGUGCAGCCCGUCGCAGCAAUGCCAAUGGCGGUCAUCCCUGCCUGCGUCCCCCAGCUGGUGCCCGCCAUGCUGUCGGUUCUCCAGGCCAUCGAACCCGAGAUCAUCUACUCGGGCUAUGAUAGCACCAUGCCCGACACGUCGUCGCGUCUCAUGAGCACGCUUAACAAGCUUGGCGGGCAGCAGGUCAUCUCAGCCGUCAAGUGGGCAAAAUCGCUGCCAGGUUUCCGUAAUCUGCACCUGGACGACCAGAUGACGCUGCUGCAAUGCUCGUGGCUCUUCCUAAUGUCCUUCAGUUUGGGUUGGAGGUCAUACAAGCAGUGCAACGGGAACAUGCUCUGCUUUGCGCCUGACCUCGUCAUCAACCAAGAACGCAUGAAGCUUCCCUACAUGGCGGGGCAGUGUGAGCAGAUGCUGAAGAUCUGCACGGAAUUUGUGCGUCUGGAGGUGUCCUACGAUGAAUACCUGUGCAUGAAAGUGCUGCUGCUGCUCAGCACAGUGCCUAAAGAUGGUCUAAAGAGCCAGGCGGUGUUCGACGAGAUCCGGAUGAUGUACAUCAAGGAGUUGGGCAAAGCAAUUGUCAAGCGAGAUGAGAACACCAGCCAGAACUGGCAGCGCUUCUACCAGCUGACUAAGCUACUGGACUCCAUGCAAGGGAUGGUGGAGGAUCUACUUCAGAUUUGCUUCUACACGUUCAUGAAUAAAAGGCUGAGCGUGGAGUUCCCCGAGAUGCUGGCGGAGAUCAUCACCAAUCAGAUACCAAAAGUCAAAGACGGCAGUGUCAAGCAGCUACUUUUUCAUCAGAAGUGA